AAUUUUCUUCGGAAUACAAAGAAGCUGUCUUUUCAACAAUUAGACGAUUUUCCAAUGCGAACAUAGGCCUUUCUGGUGAAAUAUCCUUUACAAUAUGGCGGCUAUCCAAGACGUGCCGCGAUUAGUAUUGCAAGCAAUAUUAGCCUCUCAGAGCCCUCAGGCGCUUCCACAGCAACGCAAGGAUGCUGUGGCGUUCCUGGAACAGUUCAAACGGGCGGAUGUGUCAUCCGUACUCACCGUAUGCGCGACACUCAUGUCCGUACAGCAGCUAGCGCAGCAGUACGGCAAUCUGCUACAGCCCUCGGAUGUGGUGGGGGUACGACUGGCGGCGUACCAGCUGUUCAUGGACGUGGUUCGCAACCGCUGGCGGGAGCUGGGAGCUGAGCAGCGCGUGUCGGUGUGCCAGCUGGCGUUGCAGCAGUUCACGGAAGCCGCCGGGUCUGAUGCGGCGGCCGGCACAGGCUGAGCUGAGCUGCCGGGUGCUGCACUACAUCAGCGAGGACCUAACCCAGUUUGAAGUAUCCGGCCCAGGCGGAGCUGUCGGCGAUGGAUCGACCAUCGAUGCUCCUUCAUCCAGCGCAGCUGACGGCCCCGAUGUUACAAGCAAGAGGGCUUUCCUCUCGGCCCUUACAGCCUCAGCGACUACCGUGUUCCCUUUCCUAUGCGAGAUCCUGGAGCAGCACUUCCAAGCCGCCCAAGCCCUCCAAACCGCCCCGCUGCCCCCCUCCUCCUCCGCCGCCGCCCCCUCCUCCACCUCCACCUCCCCCCAACAGCAGCAGCAGCAGCAGCGCCAAGACGCCAUCUCCGCCCACGUCGCCGCGCUUUCCGCCGCCCUGGCCGCGCUGAGCACCUGGGUUGAGUGGGUACCCAUGCGGCGUCUGGCGGGCAGCCCCGUGCUGGCGGCCUGCGCGUUCUUCCUGCGGGAGGGCUCACCGGCGCUGAGGCUGCAGGCGCUGGACGUGAUGCGGCAGAUCACUUGGCGCAAGCGCGCCAACGAGAGCCCCUCCGACUACUCCGCCCUCAUGGACGGGCUGGGCGGGGCGCUGCUGGGCGCCACGGGGGCGCUGGGGCUGCUGCUGGGGCCGCAGGACCCGCUGCCGCCGGCCAUGGUUCGUGAGCUGGGCUUCGGAGGCUCCCAAUCUGAGUUCGGCUCCCGCCUGCUAGAGGUUCUAGAGUGCCUGGGCGAGGGACACUUCCGCUGCCUCUCUGAGCCCUCCGGCCGUCGCGCCGCCUUCCUGGCGCAGCUCCUCACCUUCACCCGCCACCCCUACCUGCGCCUGUCGGGAG